UGGAGCGAGCAUUCCACCAAGCGAGUGCAAAUACGGCCACAAACACUUCUAUCUUUUUUAAUGUGUGGGCAGUAUAACAUAAACAAAAAAUAUAUACCACAUCAUACUACUUACAUUUUUAUGGAUACACAAAAAACAGUACUCAAUAUUUUGUCAGACCGAUGGAUCAACCCAAAAGGAAAGCUAUUCCAGAAGUUGAUUCGUGAAGGUUAUAAAUAUUCUGAUAGACUUUCGGAUUAUUUAAAAGAUAUUGGGAUUAUGCAUAUUGGCAAAUUCAAAUUGGACCCUUUAGUAGACUUCUACCACCCAGCUUUAAUUCCACCUCUAUCUAUUUUAGCAAGUAGAGUGGAUAUUCAUAAAACUUUCUUAUUAGUGUAG